GUAGUAGUCGACUAUGAGUCGCUCGUUGUAUCGACAGGUCAUCAGGCGAUCGUGCGUGAGCAAAGAAAGAAGCACUGUAGAUUGUUUUUGUUCUGGUGUUAGAGACGUGUUUCCCCUACAGUGCCAACACUGCAACAGGCGAUUGGUGUAAGUGAAAUAUAUUCUCCAGGACAGCGCCUACCGCUCUUCUGCGCUUUGCACUGUGUUUCUUUCCUGUGAGAACGCCUGAACGGAGGAGAGCUCCAGCUGCUCGAAAAUGACACCGGCCAGUCGUGCAAAGCAUUUGCUGAUUGCUUUCGUAGCGGUCCUGCAACUGACAGGCAUUCUCGCUGGUAGCAGGGGCCAUUGGGAAUGUACAGCCACCGGCAGUGCCAACGGUCGCCUUAACAUCCCCAUUCAGUGGACGUGUGAUCUGGACGAGAACUGCUGCCUGACGGGAUCCAAGGACGCUGACACUGGCUGCUGCAAAGACUUCAUCUACGAAGCUGUCUUUGACUACCGCGCCGGCUAUCAAACUUGCUCACCGAGUGGCCGCAGGCAGUACUAUUGCCCGUCGAACCGUGAUUGCUGUGUUGUGGCUGCCACCAGCGGCAGUAACCAAACAGGCUGCUGUAUAUCAAAGACAGCAGUUGAUGAGGCCAGCACAGGAAAUGGUCAAUUCGGAGAAUACGAUGAUACGCCCAAGACACCCCAGGCGCCGAGUUCUUAUAACAGUCGGACUAGUACUCACAGCUCUGGUCCAAGCAAAGUCACCAUCAUUGUUAUCGUUGUACUUGCUGUCAUCAUCAUCCUUUCCGGACUCCUUGGAUACGGCGUGAAUGCCAGUCGCCGACGUGGCUCGCAAGGCCGCACAGGUCAGCACACGCGCCAGGUCGCGGCACACGGCCUCGGCCGCAGCAGCAGUGGCUCGCAGGAGCAGGUCGCCUUCCUCGCCCCACCGUCGUACUGGGAGAGCCCAGACGGUCAGGAUGCCGUCCCGGAGAACUCGGCCGCCGGAUCUCCCGUUCCGACCAUUGUCUCCCUGAAUGGCGCCCCCAGUGAGCAGUGUUGUGGCGGCGGCAUGCAGCAGGCGUGUGUCCAGCUGGCUUCUCGUCACACACUACCGCAGUACUCGCCGGUGCCGCAGGGCAACGAGACUGUUGUCGUGAUCGGCGACGGAGAUCCGCCGAAAGACGACGAGUCCAAGUGCAAGUCGCCAGAAGUUGUGAUCGAGGGUCUGUAGCCAUACCAAUGCCAAUGACUUAGUACUGUACAUACUCCUACAUUAUUGUACAAGACCAUGCAUAGCACAAUGUUUAGCCAAGCAUGCUGUAACUCUAGUUGAACAUCAUCUCCAUUUUCAAUCAACCGGGUCACAAUAUUUUACCGACCUCAUUGGAUUCAUCAUUCUAUAUUUGAGAACUGGUAGUGGACGCAAUGUUAGGAUCCACCAGGUGCAUGCAUGGUGCUGUGUUUGCUUUAAUUCUUUUUGUCGUAAAUUAUUUUCGCCAACUAACACUCCAUGGUCUGUGAAAUCGGAUUUGCCAAUUAAUUUGACCCGACCCAUGUCUGCCUGCUACAAGUUUACACGAAUUAAUAAUUGUAAUGCUUACUGUCACGAUAGCGUAUCUCAGAUGCAUGUGCAUCAGGCUUGA